AGUUCUGUACCUACUGUAGCGCCGUCCGGGACCCCCUCAUCUAUUAUAUCAAACCAGCCAAGCUCUGCACCUUCCAUGCUUCCUGCUAGUGUUCCAACUAUGCUACCGUCGGGUACGCCCAACGGAGCGCCAGUUGUGGCACCGUCCCAAAAUCCCGGUAUUCUCCCUUCCCUUCCUCCCUCUCAAAAUCCCAGCAAGGCACCU